GACAUCCUGUUCCACGAUCCCACAGUAGCCCUGGUGAAAAUGGGUGUGCGUCAGCUGAUUUUCUCCACAGCGUGGAUGAACGCUCUCCCGCUGUUGGAUUCAAUCCAAUUUCAUAGAGCCUUCAGUCUGGGGGCCAAUGUCACGGUUUUGUCUUCAAACCUUCGUUAUGACAAGCUCAGAAUGACAGGAAGUGGUAUCUACACCCCAUUUUCUGCUACCUUCCACCACGCCGUGAAGGGAGACCCAGAGGAGGGUCGGCUGCUUGUGGCCACAGUCCCAGUCUUAGGUCCAGUUGGGGUGAACAAUGUGACUGAAUCAUUGUCACCUGUGGCUGCAGAGUCUGAUCACUGCCACACAGAUGGCUGUGCUGAUUCUCCUUCUCCUGGUUCCUCUUACCCGACCUUCAAAGCAACCAUGAGGCGUGACCUGUAUUGGUUUGUCCUCAUAAAUGAGACACAGGGCAAUCUCACAGUGUGUCAUGGUACAUUCUGCUGCCACCUCCAGUACAAGUGGACAGCACAUGACAAAAGCAAGGAAUUAUAUGCAUUGGGAGCAUUUGCAGGAACUCACAACUCAAGUCAAUGUUAUGCUUUGCAGGUAUGUGCAGUAGUCCGCUGUGCGGGACUGGAGGCCAGCUCAUGUGGGCAGAAAGUGGAGGAGGCGGAGUCUAAGAUGGACUUCUUGAUGGAGGCAACUUUCCAGACAGAUUACGUGUACCCUUCAGUCCUAGUGAACCGUAUGGCAAUCGAGCAACCUGAUAAGCUGGAGAAAGCUGCAGGUGGGAGAGUGGCCAUGAAACACUCCAACCUGAGCGGAGGCCUGAUCACUGCCUGUCUGUACGGACGAAUGUACCAGCUGGAUAACGAGUGAUCUGCUGUGGAAUACUAGCAUAUCACUUAGAUUGAAUUCUGAUUGCGAUUAUGGAUGACAUAUCUCACAUCUUGUGAUGUACAAACAAAAUAAAACAAAUCUUUUUGCUCAAUA